GAUAUUAAAGAGGGAGGCACAGAAAAAGAGCAAGUGUAUGUUUUUGUUCUGGGGCAGAAAGGCGUUCUCCUGCCUCAGGAUGUUGCCUUUAAAGCUGAAGAAGUGGGUUUCCUGAGGAGGAAACGAUCACAGAACAGACAAAGCUCGGUCAAGACACCGUGUUCCCAACAUUUCUUGAGCACAGGUCGCCCGGCUGCAGGGUGGGCAGCACGUUUACGCUGGAGUCGGUGUUUCUUUCCGGUGAUGGAUCCAGCUUGCUUUGAACACUGGUUGACUGACGGAAUAAAAAAGGAGUCUGAUUAUUUUCAUAGAGGGCAUUUAUGAAUAAUACACAAGAGACAAAUGAAAGCUGACAAAUGACAAUUAACUUUUCCUAUGCCUUGAAUGGGCGAUUCUAAGGCAAGUCAUCAUUCCUUGAGUAUAUCAGUGUCUCACUGAGGCCUCCUCUAGUUUCCCAUGCCAGGUGCUUUACAAACAGAGACAUGUCCAAUGACACCUGCAACCUCCCUCUGAACACGGACACAUUUGGCCUGACCUGCAUCUAUGGCCUCAUCUUCUCUUUGGGUCUUCCAAGCAACCUGCUGUCUCUCUGGGGAUUAUACCAACUGGGGCGAUCAGGUGGGGGAGGCUGUCAGCUGGUCUACAUCCUCAACCUGCUACUGUCAGACCUCCUCCAGCUGCUCACCCUGCCGCUUUGGAUACUUUACCUCCAAGGUGCGCAUCAGUGGCCCUAUGGUCAGCUAACCUGCGAGCUGGUCGGCUAUGUGUUUUACGUUAACGUCUAUGCCAGUGUCAUGUUCCUGUGCCUAAUAGCGAUGGACCGCUGCCUGGCCAUCGUGUACCCACUGAGCAGCCGUGGGGUGCGGACCGUCAAGGUGGCAGUGGUGUCAGGUGUAGCCGUGUGGUCCCUAACGUUCCUGUUCUGCUUGAGCGGCCUGCUGCCGUCUGUGUUUGAUGCUGACAGAAUGCUGUGUCUGGAGCAGUACCCUGUCAGCCCCAGAUAUGCUCACUUUAAGAUCACCACUGUGGUCCUAGGCUUCUUGCUGCCAUGCACCAUACUUGGCUACACUUCGGCCCAUAUUGGUGUGACACUUCGACGGUCUCCUUCCCUCUCUGACCACGAGCGGCACAAAAUUGUCGGAAUCCUGGUGGUGAUCACUGUCAACUUCAUUGUUGUUUUUGGACCCUACCACCUCGUCGGCGGAUACAGGUUCGUGUCCUUGCUACUUACAGAUGAGCCAUGCGGACUAGAGCAGUCCAUUUUUCUCGUCUAUCGCCUGUGCUACGGCCUGACCAGCCUCAACACCUUGCUGGAUCCCCUCUUCUACAUCUUCCUGUGCCCUGAUGCUCGUCUAGAGCUACAAAGGUCCCUGCCCUGUUUAGGAAGAGGGCAAAGCACGAGGAAAAACAUGAAUCUCAGCAUCAGAGCUUACAAAAACACCAAGAGGGAUAGUGCAACUGGACAUAAUAAUCUUCUAGCAGUAUAAUUUGAAUCACUCACUUCUGACUGCUGACUGUAUUUAGUUAAAGCAAUUGUGCCACCCAGUGGAUAUGUAUGUGCUCAGUCUAUGUCUUGUGUAGGAGUUUCAGUUCUCAUUGAUUACAUGAAUAUGGCUCGGAGUGCUUCACCUUUUCAUCUAAACAAUUCACAGUUUUAGUUUCUCGUAAUGAUCUAAAUACUGAUUCAACAGUUCACAUGGGAAUAUUUUAAUGCAAAAAAUCUCAACGUGCAUGGAGCUUGAACCGCUGCCGUGAAUUUCAUACCAUAUAGCUCCAAUCCAUUGUGGAUUCAAGAAGAGAUACAGAGACGAAUAAAGGUAAUCCAGGAAAUGAUCUUAUCAUUAACAGUGUGAACAGUAGAAAUGAUUUACUGUGGGCUACUCAUGCUUCAAACUAUUUUUUUGUUUGUUUACACUUUUAAGUUGUUCAAUUAAAAUGUAUGUUUUAA